AGUAAGGAAUAAAUAAAUACUCUGGUUAAUUUGCACGCUGUUUAUAUAAUAUGAACAUCGAUGAUUGCAAUUUUGGACUAAAGUAUGAGAACAAGUCACAUAAGCAAACAAACAUGUUUAGGAUUAGAAGCAUGUUAUGUUAAUAGUACCUUUAUAAAUAGCCUCCUCUAACACCAUAGUUAUUCAAAUUAUAAACAGCUCAAUUUUAGUAACACACUUGCAUUUUAUGAAAAUGGCAAAUUGGCAAAUUCAGUUUCAUUCUUCUCUAUGAUACUAUUGGCAUUAGCAUAUGGUUCUAAUGCUGGUAGCAUAGCAAUCUACUGGGGUCAAAAUGGUAACGAAGGCACCCUAGCACAAACAUGCGCCACAGGAAACUAUGAGUUUGUUAUCUUAGCCUUUCUUCCAUCAUUUGGAAAUGGCCAAAAACCAAUGAUAAACCUAGCAGGGCAUUGUGAUCCAUACAGCAACGCUUGCACAAAGUUAACCCCCGACAUUAAAUCUUGCCAAGCCAAAGGGAUCAAGGUGUUGCUUUCAAUCGGAGGAGGGGCCGGUAGUUACUCACUCGCAUCUCCUCAGGAUGCAAAACAAGUAGCAACUUACCUUUGGAACAACUUCUUAGGAGGACAGUCUCCAUCUCGUCCUCUCGGUCCUGCCGUUCUCGACGGCAUCGAUUUCGAUAUCGAAGGAGGAACAAACCUUUAUUGGGAUGAUCUCGCAAGGUCCCUUAAAGGAUAUGACGAAAAUGUAUACUUGACAGCAGCUCCUCAGUGUCCUUUUCCUGAUGCUUGGAUAGGAAAUGCCCUAAAAACAGGUCUUUUUGAUUGUGUUUGGGUUCAAUUCUACAAUAACCCUCCUUGUCAAUAUAGCGGGGGUGCAAUUAGCAAUCUUGAAGAUGCAUGGAAACAAUGGAUAUCUGAUAUUCCAGCCAAGAAAAUCUUCUUGGGGCUGCCUGCUUCUCCCGAGGCAGCAGGGAGUGGAUUCAUAGCUGCAACUGAUCUUACUUCUAAAGUGCUUCCAGCAAUUAAGGAUUCUUCUAAAUAUGGAGGUGUUAUGCUUUGGUCUAGGUACUAUGAUGGUCAGAGUGGAUACAGUUCUUCCAUCAAGAAUCAUGUCUAAAAUUUGAACACCUAUGAAUAUAUAUAUUUGUUGUAUUAUGUAAUGUUUGAU